UCUAUAGUUUCCUGACUUACCACAGAUCGCUCCGAGAGAGAGGAACGCCCUGCCAUGGACUGGAAAGAAGGACAAGGACCAGUUCAGGUUCCAGGCCAUAAUGUGGCCCAGGAUGUGGCAGGGGCGGCAGGUGAGGCGUCUGGGCCCAUCCCUGCCGGCCUGGAGGCACUGUAUGCCGCCUGCCGGAGAAUAUACCCAGACCAGCCCAAUCCUCUGCAGGUCACUGCUCUCGUUAAAUACUGGCUUGGUGGUCCUGAUCCUCUUGACUAUAUUAGUAUGUAUGCCAACCCAGGGGAUGCUAAACUGAACAUUCCUCCUCAUUGGCACUACAUUAGCUUUGGCUGUUCAGACCUCCAUGGAGAUGGCAGAGUCCAUGAGCAGACAGGACCAGAAAAUCCUAGUGGAUUUGGCUUUGAACUGACAAUGAGACUGAAAAGAGAAGAAGGAGAGAAAAAUCCACCCACAUGGCCGGCAGCAAUCAUGCAGGGCCUUGCAAAGUAUGUUUUUCAGUCAGAGUCUAUGUUGUGUGUGGGUGACCAUGUGUCAUGGCACUGCCCCUUAGACAACAGUGAGUCCAGAGUGCAACACAUGUUGAUGGGUGAAGACCCUCAACUUGGAACUGUCACACCAAAUGGGUCUGUGCAGUUUGUCCAAAUUGUUGGCAUCACCACAGAAGAGCUCAGAGCAACACAACACUGGAAUGGAGUCGGGGUUAUAGAUAUUAUUAAACGCUUGCCAGGUGCUGGUGGUCCCUGGAUGCUGACGGAUAUGAGGAGAGGUGAAAGCAUCUAUGAACUUGACCCAUCUGUUGCUGAAGAAGUGGAGAAUGGCAUUGAGAAUGAAGGCUCAAAUUUGUCAGGAGUAUCUGCUAGAUUAGCCUGGACAGAAGAUGAAGCCUCGAGCCUGCCCCCACUUACCUCUCAGCCACCAAGAUCAGAGACAGAUGCUGACUCUGAGCCUUCCCCGCGCAUUUCUCACGUGGAGAGUGAGCAGAUACGCAACACCCUGCAGAAGGGACUCAUGCAAGGGGCAAACAAGACAGGCAUUGGUCAUAAUUUACAGGAAGAUAAGGGAGUUAGCAGUACUGGAGAUGUGGAAGGCAAUGUUCCCACGACAGAUUCAGCUGAACUAUUUGUCACACAAAGACUGGAGUCCCUACACCUCACCAUAAACCUAGAAUCUGGUUGUCUCCUUCCUUUGGCAUUGAGAGGUCGUCUAAAGCAUGGACGGCAUUUCACCUUCAAGUCUGUCGUUGAUGUUAGUGCAGUGACGCUGGUGCCUCCCUCUGUAGCCGGUGCCUUUGUGGAUGCCAGCUGUCCCUAUGCUAGUCGUGGCCCAUGGCUGCAGGUCUUCAUACCAGAUGAUUUGCUGCCUACCAUGGUGGACGACCUUUCUGACCUUGCUGAUCCCGACGAGCUUUCCUUUGGGUCUGAGGGCUUGUCGUCCUUUCAAGGACUGCCUGGUAGGGCAUCAGGGAGAUCAGCCCAGCCUUCAUCUGAGCUCCAGGAGGCUCCUCGUAGGCACCAGGUCACUCUACCAGCAACCUUCAGGUGGCCCAACAGGAAGCUUGCAAUCACCGUUGUUGCUGAAGAAAUGUGAACACUAUGAUAUGGAAACGUCUGUGUAGCAUUUAUUCUACUCCGUGCAUUUUUUGUGCAUCUUUGUAAUCUUUAGCAGUCUAAUGGAUGGUAUUUGUCAGAAUCACUUUUGCUCUUCUGUUGUAAUGGUAGCUCAUUUUGAAUACUCAGUUCACAACUCUUGAGACACACUUGUACUUUUUUCCCCUCAAUAAAACACUUUUAUUCAGAAGUGUUGUGAAAGUAUACUAAGUUAGAUAUUGCAUUCUUUGGAAUCUCAUAUAUCAUAGACCAAGGUUAAGUAACAUUAGCUUUUGCAGAGAAAGUCCUGUAAAUAUAGCUGAACUUGUGCCAAGACCAUCCACUUGUGGUAUAUGUAAUGUGCCUUCAUAAAUCUUUAUGUUAGCCGGCAAUAAUAUUCUUGUAAACUUAUUUUGAGAAGUGAUGGUAUGAGUCUCUUAUUUUGUUAUAUAUGAAGUUGUAUCUUCUUUACUGCUAAAUUUUGAUAAUCCCAAUAAAUGUUUUCAGAAUAACUACCUUUAUAUCCAGGAAUAUAUUGGUGUUGUAUUGUGAAAGACUAUUUUUGUGUGUGUAUUAUUAUAAGGUCUUCAUAUAUAUUUCCAUGACAUUGUAGGUUAGAAAUAUAGAGGGAACAACAAGAGGAGAUCCUUGUCUAAUUGGGAUAACAAUAGAUUAUUCUUGCAGUAAUUUCCAUAGCUGAUGCAUUAAGGAUGAGAUAUGCUGAUGAAAAAUUUCAUUCCAUCUGUUUAACAUUUAUGCACUACCCUACUGUUGUGUGGAUUUUGAGGCAUGUUAUUAUUUAUACCCCUUGUUAUACCUUGUCUCCCAAUGCAUGGUGUGUAUUGAUUUCUCUUAUAGUCUGGAAAAUAUAUUAAGAACUGGUGACCCAGUGGAGAUAUUUAACAUUACACUAGGCCUGAGUACACAUUAGUAGUCCAGUGUAUGUAAUAUCUUAUCAGUGGAAGGAAAGCAAAGAAAUAUUUAAUUUUGUAUACCAGGGUGUUUGUUUGUAGUUUGACUAUUUAUGAUAUUGUGCCUGGUAUUGUUUGGAAGACUGUGAGAAUGAGAUUGUUUACUGGAAUAAAUAUAUGAGGAAGGCUAGAAUACAGCAGAUUUGACUUAAAAUGUACAUUGUAAUUUUACACAAAACUAAGUCCUUAUGUAUAGAUGCCUUGGCACAAGUAUUUGUUGAUAGAGUAUGCAAACAUUUUUUAGGGACGAGAAUGAAUCAGACUUGAACCUUAUCUCAAGUUCAAUAACUCAAGUUCAAAUUUGUGUAUUAGACAGUGGGCAUGCAAGGCCAGGCUGAAUGAAGUACCACAUUAUGAGGGAGUAUCAGUGUGGCCACAAUGCAUUUUUGAGACUUAGUACUUAUGGUAAAUUUAUUUUGUGACUAGGAAUUAAAUUUGAUUAUUCAGGUAUUUAGUUGAAUCACCGUUAGCCAACUCAUAACAUAAAUUGGCUCCUCAUACAUUUUAACUUUCUAUGAAGUCUUGUGUCAAUUCAUAUGUCCAAAGAAACAGAAAUUUAUCUGCAAAUUAAAGGUAACAUUUUACAGAAACUGGAACUGAGUCUCUGAAGAUUUUGUGUAAAUACAUUAUUGUGAGAUUAUGAAUGUGAGAUUAAUUAUAUACAGAAUAUCUAUUGUAUGUAUUGUAACAGCUUUUAAGAAUGCACAUCUUUCAAAGCUGGUCAUUUUACUGUGGCAGCUAAUAUACAAGUUGAUAUAUUUAUGUUUUCUUACAGUAUAAGCAAGAAUAUGAAAAUAAUUUUAGCUCUGUACUCUUAUUGUAGCCAUCAGUGUGUCUGUCUGCAUCAGUGUUAACUUUAGUAGCUUUGUUUUUAAUCUGAGUGUUU